CCAUUUGCUUCGUUCUUUUAAUUUUCUGAAGGCUUUUCUAUGUCGCGGUAUUUUAUUGGCUACCACAUCCCUUGCGAAUUACGUGAGGAGGAAGUCACGGGGAGAAAUAUGUAUAGAUCGAAAAAAGAGGAUGCAUACAUACGAGUUCCGGCAAGAAAAUGAAUCUGGUGCUUUAAUUGCAUGGUUUGGUCCCCGCCCCGGAGUUUUGAUUUAGGUCAAGAUGGCAACACCAUUUAGCAGUGAUGGAGCUGAGGUGAUGCAACGGGGUGUGAUUCCAGCAGGAGCAGGCAGCCGUCCUCCCACCAUUGAGGCAGACGAGUUUUAUGAGUUGAAGAGAGCAACUGCGUUUGUUUCUGAUAAUGGUUUCACCAAGGUUGCUCUGCAGUUCCCUGAUGAACUCUUGUCAGAUUCAGCAGUUGUUGCUGCCAGGAUGGAAGAAGCGACUGGUGCCAAAAUGUACAUCCUGGGGGACACAUCAUAUGGCAGCUGCUGUGUGGACGAGGUGGCAGCAGAGCAUGUGGGUGCAGAGGCUGUGGUCCACUAUGGCCCUGCCUGCUUGAGCCCAUGCCGCAAACUCCCAGUGCUACAUGUGUUUGGCCGGCAGCCCCUGGAUGUGAUGCGCUGUGCAGAGGUCUUCCGAGAGUUGCACCCCGACUUUCAAGCUCAUGUGGUAGUGCUGAGUGAUGUGGCCUAUUCUCAUGCUAUUGAUAACUUGGCCACGCAGCUGCAGUCCAUCUACCCCAACGUGGUUUUCUCCCAACUGGAUAACAAAGAAGCUCUUGACUUGGCCCAGCCAGUUUCUGGACUGGUGCAGCAAUUUGGGCGGCACUUUGCAGUGGACAAACAGCACGGUCUUGAGAACUACACCAUGUUCUAUGUGGGUUGUGAAGGCCGAGAGCUCACAAACUUCAUGCUGAGCUGGAACCAGUGCUCCUUCAGUUCUUUUGACCCCAGAACAGGACAAGGACGGUGGGAAACACUGGAUGUGAACCGGGCACUGCGACGGCGCCUCUAUCUGGUAGAACGUGCACGGGAUGCCCAAGUGGUGGGCAUCGUGGUGGGCACUCUUGGUGUGGCAGACUACUUGUCUGUGUUGGAUCAUCUGCGAGGAGUCAUUCACCGGGCGGGCAAACGAGCCUAUACACUUGCUGUGGGUAAACCGAACCCUGCAAAGCUAGCAAACUUUCUAGAGAUUGAGAUCUUUGUGUUGGUGGCCUGCCCCCAGAACUCCUUGCUUGACUCUGCUGACUUCUACCGACCCUUAGUCACACCCUAUGAGAUGGAGAUGGCCUGCAAUCCAGCACGGGCCUGGACAGGCAGCUACAUCACUGAUUUCCGCAACCUCCUGCCAGGAGCAUGUGAACACAUCCCCUUCCCAAGCAAGGUUUCAGAAGCUGACAGUGAACCAGAUAUUUCUCUGAUCACCGGGGAGCUACGUUCAGUUUGUCUCUCUCCUGCACCAAACCCAGAGCCAACCUCUAGCACUGCUGUGACUUGCCGCAGCCAUAGUCAUGCCAUAGCUGAAAUUAGCCCAGCAGCCUCAUUCCUCGAGUCACGGAGCUGGCAGGGGCUGGAGCAGCAGCUGGGCCAGACGCCAGUCACAAAAGCUGUGGCGGGACGACGGGGAAUUGCCAUUGCCUAUGAAGAUGAGCCCUGUGCAUGAUGUGAAGUCAUAGAAUAUUAAAGCCGGAGCAUGGGCUGCCUUCCCUCAAUAGGGUGAGAUGGGAUCGUGGGCCAUGGCUUCUAAUGCGCUGAGCUGAAAGCCAUUCAACUGACCUCCCCUUCUAACUGCUCUUGGGGAUAUAAUGCCCUGUAUAGCCUGACUUGGCAUCUCCCUCCGGCAAUGGACAGAUAAAUGCCUGUGGAUAUGAAACUUGUUGUUUGUGCCCCACCUUCAUUCCCCGAUAAUGUGGUCUUCUGGUUAGUUUUAUUUUCUUGUGUAGCUCAUUUUUCUGCUAACUAGAUAAAGCUGCACCUUCUUAAAAGUGGUGAUGCUCUUAAUAUUUAGCAGGGGGAGAGCAACUACUUAUUCAGCACAGCAAAGCGUCCCUCCAGUGGCUGCUGUUGGUACCUCCUUUGUGAGCCCUUUUGGAUCAAGGAACUGUCUUUUUCUUUUGCCAUGUAAACCACUUUGAGAACUCUGUUGAAAAGCGGUAUAUAAACAUUUGUAGAAAUUGCUCCUUGGGUUGUCAACUGCAGUCACAUUGCCACAUUGUUUGACAUAUAUAAAGCAAGAAGUAUCUUUUGGAA